GCACGGCCACGAGCGGGCGGGGGAGGAGUGGCGAGAUCCGAGGCGCCCCGCCCAGUCAGCAAGGCUGCGCGUGCACCGUGCGACCGCCAAGAUGGUGGUGGGCGCGUUCCCUAUGGCGAAGCUGCUAUAUUUGGGCAUCCGACAGGUCAGCAAGCCGCUUGCCAACCGCAUUAAGGAGGCCGCCCGCCGAAGCGAGUUCUUCAAGACCUAUAUCUGCCUCCCGCCGGCUCAGCUGUACCACUGGGUGGAGAUGCGGACCAAGAUGCGCAUCAUGGGCUUCCGGGGCACAGUCAUCAAACCGCUGAACGAGGAGGCGGCUGCGGAGCUGGGCGCCGAGCUGCUGGGUGAAGCCACCAUCUUCAUCGUAGGCGGCGGCUGCCUGGUGCUGGAGUACUGGCGCCACCAGACGCAGCAGCGCCACAAGGAGGAGGAGCAGCGCGCUGCCUGGGACGCGCUGCGGGACGAGGUGGGCCACCUGGCGCUGGCGCUCGAGACACUGCAGGCGCAGGUGCAGGAGGUGCCGCGGCAGGACGCCCUGGAGGAGCUGAACACGCAGCUGCGGGAGAUGCGCGCCCAGCUCUGCGACCCCGCGUCCAAGGCUGCGUCUGCAUCCCAGACAGUGUCUGCGUCCAAGAAAUAGAAGACUGCCGAAGCCUGAACUUGGACGUGGCCGUGUGUGCCUGACGUAGCCUUCCCCCCACCACCUCUUCCUGCGCUGGCCCAGCAGAAGCCACCAGGAUCUUGAUGCAACUUGGCAUUCGGUUACCCUCUACUGUUGAGACCAGUGGUACCCGCCACUGGGACCAGCUGGGAAGUGUUCCAACAUAGCCCCCUCCGCCAUCCCUCAGCCCCCUCUCCAAACCGCAAGGACCUGCAAGGGCCCAGCCAGCAGGACAUCGCGAGCACUCUAGGAAAAGAAAAAAUGGAACCUGGGCUUGAGCUGAAUCUCUUUGUCAUUAUACUUCCCCCACCCCCUGCCCGGUUUACCUGGUAAGUGUUCCCUUUCCCUGGGGUGCUCAUCCCUUACACUGGAACCCCCCUUCCUUUCAGCCGCCGGUCAUUCCAUCCUGAGGAAGUGCCGCGUCUUUCAGAGACCUUUUGUCCCCCUCACAUUCUAAGGUCAGCUCUGGCUGGGCAGCGCCGCUCUCUUCGAUGGGGGAAAAGAAACGAGCCUGGCCUGCAACUGACGCACCGAACUGCGUCUUCCCCCUUUCGCGGUUCCUUCCUCUGAGACCCCAAGUAGAAUAUUUCCGCAGAACCCCCUCGUCCUUUGGUCUACGGCACAACUCACUGGCGUGGCCGUGCGGGGUUUUUUCUGGCAAAG